AUGGUUCCUACUGAUUUGCCCUUUACAUUCAAACGACUACAGUUUCCUGUGCGUCUUGCUUUCGCGAUGACAAUCAACAAAGCCCAAGGGCAGUCUCUGCGCGUUGCCGGAUUAAAUUUAGGAAGUCCAUGUUUUUCGCAUGGUCAACUGUAUGUUGCUUGCUCCAGAGUAGGAACUCCAAAAACUCUGCGGAAGUGGAGAUCUAGUAAAAAUGUUAUUUAUUUAGAGAAUUUUAAAAGAUUACGCCGUCUUUGCAAGAAUGAUAUCUCUACAGCUUAUGCUUCUUAUAUGGAUCGAAUUGAACAAUCCCUUCAUUCCGACCCCAAGGAAGUAUUCAAGUACUUACACAUGAAGCAAGGCACAACCAGGAUUCCGGGCAGAAUGUAUGAUAAUGUAUGA